AUGAUGUUGAUCUGGGCUUUAUUAUCUGUGGCCUAUGCCACCAAUGUGGAGGAUUUGGUCGGUACUUGGACAACCAAGUCUCGCGAUGUCCUCACGGGCCCGGGAUUCUACGAUCCGUUGCACGACAAACUGCUGGAGCCCAACUUGACGGGGAUUUCAUACUCGUUCGAUGCCGACGGACACUAUGAGGAAGCCUACUAUCGAGCGAUCGCCAAUCCCACCGACCCGUCCUGUCCCACGGGGAUCAUGCAAUGGCAACAUGGAUCGUAUGCUGUUGCGUCCAACGGGUCCUUGACCCUCACCCCAAUCGCGGUUGAUGGCCGUCAACUGCUCUCGGAGCCAUGUCGGAAAGACAUUGGCACCUAUACGCGCUAUAACACGACAGAACAUUACGAGACGUUUUCUGUCGGUGCCGAUCGAUACAGCGGCAUUCUACGCCUCGACUUGACCAGAUCGGACGGCAUCAUUCUGCACCCGAUGUACCUUGCCUACCGGCCCCCGAAGAUGCUGCCCACCACGACCUUGAAUCCCACCCCGACCGGGUCUCACAAGAAGCGGAGUUUGUCGGAGAGUCAUCUGAUCAUUAAAGAGGAGCUGAUCAACCCGGACCGGUGGUGGUGGCUGGGUGUUGUGAUGACCUCGCUGGGAGGCAUGGCUUUUUACUGCUCGUGA